CCACACGGCCUCUCAUCUGCCAGCACCUUCUCCUCUGCCUCCAGCAGCACCGGCCUCUGCAGCCAGGAGACCGCGUCGCUCCCACCCAGCCGCCCGGCCUCACCCAUGGGGAACAGCAAAAGCGGGGCCCUGUCCAAGGAGAUCCUGGAGGAGCUGCAGCUGAACACCAAGUUCACAGAGGAGGAGCUGUGUGCCUGGUACCAGUCCUUCCUGAAGGACUGUCCCAGCGGCCGCAUCACGCGACAGGAGUUCCAGAGCAUCUACGCCAAGUUCUUCCCCGAAGCCGACCCCAAGGCCUACGCCCAGCAUGUGUUCCGAAGCUUCGACGCCAACAGCGACGGCACCCUGGACUUCAAGGAGUAUGUCAUCGCCCUGCACAUGACCUCCGCGGGCAAGACCAACCAGAAGCUGGAGUGGGCCUUCUCCCUCUACGACGUGGACGGCAACGGAGCCAUCAGCAAGAACGAAGUGCUGGAGAUCGUCAUGGCUAUUUUCAAAAUGAUCAGUCCCGAGGACGCGAAGAACCUUCCAGAGGAUGAAAACACCCCAGAGAAGCGAACCGAGAAGAUCUGGGGGUUCUUUGGAAAGAAAGAUGAUGACAAACUCACGGAGGAAGAGUUCAUCGAGGGGACCCUGGCCAAUAAGGAAAUCCUGCGACUGAUCCAAUUUGAGCCUCAAAAAGUGAAGGAAAAGUUAAAGGAGAAGAAACCCUGAUGCCAACUGCGCAGCCCUGUCCCCCUCACACCUUCCCCCGCCGCGCACAGAAACCCGGGCAUGCACACACCUCCCCAAGGGCCAAGGGGGUUUCCCAGGCCUUAGCGUCCCUCCCGUUCCUCCCAGCCACCUCCUCUCCCUUGCCCGCCCCUUGGGGCCUCCGUGAUAAUCCCAGGAUUGGGUCGCUGGAGUCCUACCAACCCUCCCCCACUCCCCCCACCACCACCGUGUAAGCUCCUUUGUGGUUUGCUGGGUAAGCAGGUUCCAAUAAAUGCGAGAGGAGCUGGGCACACA